UUUGUAUUAUUAAUGAUAUUGUUACUGACUUGCAUAUGUAACCGUGGAGUUGGUUUUUUAAUGAAUUUGUGAAACUAAUGAAUAUUGUGCAGCAAAUUCACAUUGCGUGACUUGGUUUUCUUGAAGACUUAUACAUAAGACAUAUAAUCAAGUAACAAUGAGUUUUAGUUUGCCACCACUUGUUCCAAAACCUAUUGUCAACGAGCAGUUCAACAUACAUGAUGACAAUUAUGGUAUACCGAAUCCAUUGGUUUCAGGAUUAGCAGCAACUAGGCAACAUAUAGGUUAUGCACAUCUAUUGGAAGCAUCAGAAAAAAAUUAUGAGAAAAAUUGUACUCGCAUGAACAUGGUGCUGUUAAGAAAUACGCAAGGAUUACAUGCUCCAAUGCGUCUGGCAAUGGAAUUAAAGGCUACUGAAAAGAUUGGAAGACUUCCAUUUCUUCCAUCGUCGCAUAUGAUGAAAGAUGUAUUACUUGGAAAGGAUGAGGAAAUAGGGUUUGAAGAUAUAUUAAAUAUACCUGAAUUUAAAGAACAAAUGGGCCAACCGCACGCUAUUGUUGAAAAAAGUCUUGGGAUAUUAUAAUCUUUUGUUAAUAGUAAAUCAUUUACUUUAUAUUAUCAAACAUCCUAAGUAACAAUAAAUGAUUAAUAAAUGUC